CGCAAGUUUCAGAAUGACAGGAAGUAAGCAUUUUAACUGGAACUCGAGUCCGCAGCCUCACCAGAGUAUAGAGCAGACUGCCGGGUGGUUGACGAGCCCUGUGGAGACUUCUGUCAAUCUUUUGGAUGAUAUCCUCAGUUCUCCUCAGAUGUGCAUGGACUUUGAGCCCUUCAGAGCUUCAUCAAGUGAUCAUUUGUUUGCUCCUUCUCUCUCCUCCUUCUGGGGAGCAACCACCUCAGCAUCUCAGCACUGGGAAGACAGCUUCAACAGGCCAGACACCAAAGACUCGGAUAUGUUUGAUUGCUUUGAUAACAGCUUCAUGAACCAUACCAGAGCAGAGAGAGAGGGGAGCAAUGACAUUCAUUACAGUGACCGCAACCUCCGGCCGUUCUUCCCCAACCAAGCACAGCUGCCAGGUAGACACUCAGCAGAGCCUAGACAGUUUCUUCAGGAGCAAGACUCAUUUGAAACUGAAAGAUGUUCUUUUGCCCCAAUUCCCCAACUUCAGCAGAGCAAUCACCCGUCUUUCAGCCAUUUCAGUCACCCUCCAACCUGCUCCUCCCUCAUGUCCCACCACACUGAUAUGAAGAAUUACCCCCCAUCUCACAUGCUUGAAAGAGGAGCCGCACCUUCCCUCUCUUCCUUACCAAGCCCUGAGGAUUGGUCCUUCCCUCCUAUGAGACUUUACUAAUUGUGCACAGAUACUUGCCUGCGGACAUUUCUUCGGAAAACUUAAAAAAAAAAAAACAGCUCUGUUUUAAUUUACACCUUCAAGACUUUUUGUUUAGAGUCUACAGAAACAUCUUUUGUUUGCCCAUAUUUAGUUUGAGACACAUUAUUAAAUAUAAAGGCAAAUAUUUUGUCUCAUCAGUGCUGAGAUAAAAAGAAACAAUUAUGUAAUGUUUGCAUAGUUGGUGCAUUUUUUUUUAAUAUGCAGAAUUGUAUAUUAACAAAUAUCUUCAUAAAUGCAGGUACUAUUAUGGCAAAUUCUUUACAGAGUAAUAAUUUUAGCCAAGACUGCUAUUGUGAAAAACAUAUAAUAUUUUGAUGGUAGGUUACAUUUAAAUGCAAGAAAAUAAAGCAUUUGUACAAUUGCACAAUAGUGAAAUGCCAUAUCAAGCAUUGCAAAUAGAAAAUUAAACUGAGCACAAGAAAUUAAACGACAUGUCUGAUUCAUGCUUGUAUAAAUUGUUAUUGUUCGUCACAAAAUGCAACACACAUCACAUAUACAGUCAGUCAGACCUAGGAAAAAUGAAUGCAGUCUAAUGUAAAAGCCCUGCAAUAAUAUAU